AUGUGCGCCGCGGUGCCCGGCUACUCGCCCGGCUUCAAGAGGCCGCCAGAGACGCUGCGGCUGAAGCGGAAAAGGGCCCGGAGGAGCGAGGCCGCCUCCCCGCCCUGUCCCCAGGCGGACCCGGCCACCGCCCCGCGCCCUUUCCCCAGACCGGGGCGGCGCAAUCCCUUCUCCAGCCUGGACAACGCGCCGCGCCCCGGCACCGCCGUACCCCGCCCCCCGGACAGCCCCGAGCUGCAGGAGCAGCGGCCCCCGCCGGGGAACCAGGCCCCCAGACACCCCCUCUGGCAGUUUUUAGAUCCUCUUCAAGAAAAUAAAUCCACCUGGAAAGAAGAGUGUUCUGAAAGAGCAGAUACCACAUUAACCAAUGAUCUUCAUUUACCUGUUUCCAUACCUGAUGUUUCCUCCUCACCAAGCACAGAAUUUCCUGCAGACUGGAGUAUUAAAACUCGACUUCUAUUCACUUCUUCCCAACCUUUUACUUGGGCAGAGCAUUUAAAGGCACAAGAAGAGGCUCAAGGAUUUGCCCAGCACUGUAGAGCAACAUCAAUCAAUUUCCCACAAAGCAUACAGGAACCAAAGCUGUCCACGGAACUCCGCUGUGCAUUCCAGCAAAGUCUUAUUUAUUGGCUUCACCCUUCACUGCCAUGGCUACAGCUAUUCCCUCGUAUUGGAGCAGAUAGGAAAAUAGCUGGAAAGACUAGUCUUUGGUCACAUGAUGAAACACUGCAACAGGUUCUAAUGAGUGAGUGGUCUGUCAGUUUUACUUCCCUAUAUAAUCUUCUCAAAGCCAAGCUGUGUCCCUAUUUUUAUGUUUGUACCUACCAAUUUACUGUGCUGUUUCGUGCAGCAGGCCUUGCAGGAAGUGAUGUUAUCACAGCUGUUAUUUCCCCCACAACCAGGGGCUUAAGGGAAGCCAUGAGACAUGAAGGCAUAGAAUUUUCUUUACCUUUGGUAGAAGAAACUAGGAGCAAGACACAGAAAAACUCUGAAACAAACUUGGAUACAGAAGUUAACAGUCCUGAAACAGGCAAAAACACUGAAGAUGGAGAGGAACAAGGAGUGAGUGACGAUGAAAGUUUCUCUUGGCUUGAGGAGAUGGGAGUCCAAGACAAGAUUAAAAAGCCAGAUGCAAUUUCUAUCAAACUCCGUAAAGAGAAAAAUGAAGUGCAAGUGGAUCACAAGCCUGAAUCUGUUGCAUUAGUGAAAGGAACAAACACAUUCAUGUUGCUGAACUUCUUGAUAAACUGUAAGAGUUUAGUAGCUGCUGCAGGCCCUCAAGCAGGACUCCCACCAACACUGCUGUCCCCAGUUGCUUUUCGAGGUGCAACAAUGCAAACGCUCAAGGCUCGAAGCAUCAAUGUGAAAACACCGGUUCACUCACGUUAUAAUGAUAUUUUUAGCUUGGAGAUCAUGGGUCCUGUCAUGCCUCAUUGUCUGCAUACUUUGACCAUGCUGCUCAAAUCUGCACAGAGGGGAGCUUUUUCUGCUGUAUUAUACACCCAUGAGCCAACGGCCGUGUUUAACACUAACACAGAGAGAAUCUUAAAUAAGGAAACUAUGUGGAAGGACCUCACUAAGUGUGGAUUGCAUCUUAAAACGUUGGAUCAAUUGAUUCAACUUCCAACAUUAGGAAAGUCUUCUAUACGACUCCUAGAAAUGAGAAACUAUGCUUACAUCUGGAAAUCCUAA